AUGGCGCCACUUCACUCUGCCUCGUUCAGAAUAUCAGUUCAUUAUCCCGACUGUAACGAUUCGGAAUUUCUCACAUUACAACAACUUCUGCGCAACCAAGAUGCUGCUGCGGAUCUGAUAGCUAAAAAGGCUGCAUCUUUACUAUGGAUUGGUUCACCCAAAGGGGGCUUCGUCAUCAAUGAGAAUGGAUAUUUCCGUCCUUAUGUAAACGCCACAAUUUUUGCUCAAGCAGAUGCCUUUGGGAAAGCUACCGUUGCCUAUGAGGUACAUUGGGAUAUCCUCAAGAAGUACCUCGCCAUGGGUGGGGAUCGAAGCAAAUUGGGUUGUCCGGCCACAGAUGAACUGUGGACUUCUGACCGUAGUUGUCGUUUCAAUACCUUCACAUCAGGUGCAAUCUAUUGCAAUUCCAAGACCGGCACGUGCGUGGUGAAUGGUGAAAUCUAUAAGAAACGGAUGACUAUGGAUGGAGCUGAAGGGGUUAUGGGUUUCCCAGUUUCUGACGAAACAUUGACGACUGGGGGAGUGACUCUCUUCAAUAUGUUCUCACACGGUGGUGCUAUAUAUUACACUGUAACUCGCGGGGCAUUCUGGAUUUAUGGGGAUAUCUACAAGAGGUGGAUGGCUUGUGGUGGUGAGAUGGGCGAGCUGGGAUACCCCACAUCAGACGAGGAAUAUGCACCCGAUGAAGUGUGCCAUUUCAACAAAUUUUCUGAUGGUGGUGCGAUAUACUCAACACCAGAAUACGGCGCCGUAAAAGUAGGUGGCAAUAUUUACAAAAGGUUGAUGGCGCUUGGUGGAGACACAUCUAUCGCCACCGCAUCCGCAGGAGUGCAAUCCAUUGCUCAAGCCCUUGGUGAGCACCCAGCUGGCUUCGUAUACCCCAGCUUGACACUUCAUAAUUGUCCGAUAGGAGACGAGGAAACGGUAACAUUAAGAUACCUCAUCGUCCACAACCACUCCAACGGCCGAGCAGACGUUCUCAAAAAGCUUGGUAUCGCAAUCCACAUAUUAGGAACAGCUGCUGUAGAAGAAGAUAUGAUCGCUUCGCGGUACAGAUGA